AUCUAUGCCGAUAACAUCGGAAAACAACAACCUUGGAACUCCGCUCACCAAGGACGAAAAGGAAGAUAGCCUACCACCCCUACAUCCCAUGCCCGCCUCCUAGAAAAAAACCCAAAGAAGCGCGGCUACGGAUUUCUCAUAACUAUAGAUAAUGUCCAAGGAACCCAAAUACAUCCUCCUUUCCCUCCCCAGCUCCAUCACCCCGUCCCACCAUCGCGACGAUGCCCUCGAAGCUAUCAGCAAGACCGUCACCUCAGAUAACGGCGCGGUGAUUCCCUUUGCGAUCCCGGAGUUCAAAAUCGGGACGCUAGAUGCGUUGGUGCAGCAGGCGGAUGAACUGGCGAGGCUGGAAGCACUGUGCCAGGGUGUGGUGGGCAAGGUGGGAGAGGCACUGAAGAAUGUGCUGGAGGGCGAUGAGGAACGGAUUUCGAAUAUGAAGAUGGUUAAUGAUAUACCCGUUGAGCAGUAUCUAAGGACGUUUGAAUGGAACAAGGUCAAAUAUCGGGCGGAGAAGUCAUUGGCGGAAUUGAUAGAUUUGCUACAGAAGGAAGCUGCAAGCAUCGACCAUGACGUUCGGGCCAAGUUCUCACAAUACAACCAAGGCAAAACAACACUGGCUGCGCUACAACGGAAACAAACGGGCACAUUAUCCACCAAAUCACUUGCAUCUAUUGUCGACCCCCGCGUCCUCGUCCAAGACUCCGAAUACCUCGAAACCCAUCUAAUCGCCGUCCCCUCACGGAGCACAAAGGAAUUCCUACGAACAUACGAAACCAUCUCGCCCAUGGUCGUCCCGCGCUCUUCAACCUUGGUUGCCUCAGAUGACGAAUCGACCCUCUACGCUGUUACGACGUUCAAAAAGCAUAGCGCUGAAUUCAUCCAUAAGUGCCGGGAGCACAGGUGGACACCUCGAGAUUACAAGUAUGUGGAGGGCGACGAGGAGAAGGAGCGGAGAGAUCUAGACCAGGCCAAUGCAGAUGCGCGGAGGCUGUGGGGGGAGACACUGCGGCUUGCGACGACAGGGUGGAGCGAGGCCGUGAUGGUCUGGGUGCAUGUCCUUGUUCUGAGGGUGUUUGUGGAGACGGUGUUGAGAUAUGGGCUGCCGCUGGACUUUGUCUGUGCGUUGAUAAAGACCACAAAUAAACAAGCACGAAAAGUGAAGAGACUCCUUGACAACUCAUAUUCAUACCUAGCGGGCAACGCCUUUGGACGUGAUAAGAAAGGUCGUGUCCGAAAGGAUGAUCCGUUGGACAUGCAGCAUGUCAGUGGUGCGGGCGAGAGCGGAGCAGGCGAGUAUACUGCCUAUGUAUAUUACGAGAUGGAGUUUGAAUGAAACCCCCCCCCCCCCCCUCUUCCCUCUGCGGGUGGCAUAUCUCUUUCUACUUUUUUUUUUUUUUUAACUCUGUCCAUUUUUU